UUAGAAUCGUUGACAUGCGAGAGGUCUACUACGUGACCCUGGAAAUUUGGAGUCUUAGCUCAUAGGUUCAACGAAACAAUCCAAUGUUGGCCAUUCGUUAGGGUUCCUCUUCGUUCCCACAAGCGACCCGCCGGUCGGAUUUUCUGGAACUGUAAUUACGAUAAGAUAACCGGCGGCGAUCGUUCUCUUCCCAGUCACGUCUUCCAACUACAUAAUCUUGACCGGCUUUUGCAGCGUUUGGGUGGAGAGGGUUCUUUAAUACAUCAAUACAUGGUGGAUCGAUUGGUUCCUUCUUUGUCAAUUCUUGGCUUGAAUUUCUGAUUUGAGGAGCUAGCGAUAUCCAUUGGAGAAGGAUCAGAGAUUCGUGCCUUUUGUUUUGGCGGAGAAGAUGACCGAUCAAGGAGGUUCUUCCCGGAAGAGUAUGACUCUGUAUAGCUCGUCAUCUCAAGGAAAGAAAAAAUCUUUUGAGAAUGGCAGUGAUACCGGCCGUAAAUCGCUUGCUUCAUCUCGUUCCAUGGUAUCUGGUGAGCGCACUGUAAAGCGCUUGCGGCUGUCGAAAGCCUUGACAAUACCUGAAAAUACUACCAUCAUUGAGGCUUGUCGUCGGAUGGCUGCUCGUAGAGUUGAUGCUUUGUUGCUCACGGACUCAAAUGCUUUACUUUGUGGAAUUCUAACAGACAAAGAUGUAGCAACAAGAGUCAUUGCUCGUGAGCUAAACCUUGAAGAAACUCCUGUCUCCAAAGUCAUGACAAGGAACCCAGUUUUUGUUCUUUCAGAUACACUAGCUGUGGAAGCACUGCAGAAGAUGGUGUUAGGGAAAUUCAGGCAUUUGCCUGUUGUGGACAAUGGAGAGGUCAUUGCUUUACUUGAUAUAGCAAAGUGUCUUUAUGAUGCCAUUGCACGUUUGGAAAGAGCAGCUGAGAAGGGAAAGGCCAUUGCUGCAGCUGUUGAAGGAGUUGAAAAGCAUUGGGGGACUUCAAUCUCUGGCCCUAACACAUUCAUUGAAACUCUUCGGGAGCGAAUGUUUAAACCUUCUUUGUCUACUAUCAUUCCAGAGAAUUCAAAGAUAGUAACAGUGUCACCCACUGACUCAGUCUUAACUGCAACAAAAAAGAUGCUUGAAUUUCGUUUAAGCUCCGCAAUCGUAACUGUUGGGAAUAAACCUCAAGGAAUCCUAACUUCAAAGGAUAUUCUGAUGCGGAUCAUUGCACAAAAUCUUUCACCAGAGUCAACUCCUGUGGAGCUGGUCAUGACCCCAAAUCCUGAAUGUGCAACAGUUGAUACACCAAUUGUUGAUGCUCUACAUAGAAUGCACGAUGGGAAAUUUUUACAUCUUCCAGUUGUGGAUCGAGAUGGAAGCAUUGUUGCUGUUAUUGAUGUAAUCCAUAUCACUCAUGCAGCAAUAGCUACAGUGGGAGGCAAUGGUGCGGCUGGAAAUGAGACAACAAACACUAUGAUGCAAAAGUUUUGGGAUUCUGCCAUGGCAUUGGGACCUUUGGAUGAUGAAGAAGAGACACGGAGUGAGGGGUCAUUAAAACUGGCUUCUGAUGGGGCAGAGACUGGGAGGUCGACAGCACCUUUUAGUCCUUUUGGCAUGCCUAAUACCUUUGGCUUCAAGAUUGAAGAUAGAAAGGGCCGGAUGCAUAGAUUUAACUGUGAUGCUCGUAGUUUGACAGAUCUUUUAACUUCCAUCAUCCAGAGGGUGGGUAGUGACAUCGAUCGGAGCCACCUGCCGCAGAUUUUGUAUGAAGAUGAAGAUCAUGAUAAAGUUGUAAUCGCAUCGGAUGGUGACCUUGCAGCAGCUGUGGAUCAUGCAAAGCUGGUUGGUUUGAAGAGUCUGAGGCUGCAUCUAGAUUAUUCAGGGUUGGAAGGUCAGAGGGGUGGUGGUUCAGUAACUUUGGAUUUUGCACAAGGGGAUGCAUGGGCUGCUGCAUAUAGUGCUGUGGCAGCAGGGGCUGCUCUUGUUGCUGGACUUGGUGUAUUGGCAUUUUUGAGGCGAUCUAGUGCCUGAUUAGUGACUGUUCUGGUAUUACCAGGAAUCACCACGAGUACACAAAAAGUCGAGAGGAGUUGAUAUUGUUAUACAAGGAAUGCAUCCUCUCAAAGGCAGGAAAUGUGAUUUGUAUGGCUUCUCCUGAAAAUCGGGGGGGGGGGGGGGGAGGGAAAAAGAAUGCCACAUUUGGAUUGGUUGUGUUUCAAGCCUGGUGUUGUAAGAUCAUUAAAAGGGUCAUUCUAUCUGCUGCUGGCAAUUGCAUAAAUUUAGUUUUAUUUUUUUUCUACACGAAUGAUGGUAGACAAUGUUGAUUUGGCCAUAUGGUCUAUAAUCUUUAUCUCUCAUAAAGUGUACUUCAUAACUAUAAAUACUCCCAUAGUUUUACAA